AUGACCCAAGAAACAUCUGAAAGAAAACUUCACUUUGACACUCUGCAAUUGCAUGCUGGCCAAUCCCCUGAUCCUACAACCAAUGCUCGCGCCGUCCCCAUCUACGCUACUUCCUCCUAUGUAUUCAAUGACACAGAUCAUGGUGCUGAUUUAUUUGCCCUUCGCGCAAGUGGCAACAUCUAUUCCAGAAUCAUGAACCCUACCAACGACGUAUUCGAGCAACGCAUUGCUGCUCUGGAAGGUGCUGCUGCUGCUACUGCUGUCUCCUCUGGCCAAGCUGCCCAAUUCCUCACCAUUGCUACUCUUUGCCAAGCUGGUGAUAAUAUUGUUUCAAGCUCCAACAUUUACGGCGGCACCUACAAUCAGUUCAAGGUCUUGUUUCCCAAGCUGGGCAUCGACACUCAUUUCGUUCAAUCAAACAACCCUGAGGACUUUCGUAAAGCCAUUGAUGAAAAGACAAAAUUAGUCUACAUUGAGAGUAUUGGUAACCCUGGAUUCAACGUGCCUGAUUUCAAAGCUUUAUCUGAUGUGGCUCAUGAGGCUGGCAUUCCGCUCAUUGUAGACAAUACCUUUGGUGCAGGCGGCUAUGUCGUCAAACCCAUUGAGCAUGGCGCUGAUAUUGUGGUUCAUUCUGCUACCAAAUGGAUCGGAGGUCAUGGUACUACCAUUGGCGGCGUUGUUUUGGACGCUGGUAACUUUGACUGGAGCAAUGGUAAAUUUCCUGAUUUUACCGAACCCUCUGCUGGUUAUCACGGCCUCAAGUUCUGGGAGACAUUUGGUAAGCUGGCAUUUACCUUCCGUCUCAAGACUGAGUCAUUGCGUGAUAUCGGUGCUUGCCAAAAUCCAUUUGGUUCCUUCUUGUUACUUCAAGGCCUUGAAACUUUAUCUCUCAGAGUUCAGCGCCAUCUGGAUAACACACUUGCUUUGGCUCAAUGGCUCGAUGCCAGAGAGGAUGUAUCGUGGGUCUCAUAUCCUGGUUUGAAGCAUCAUCCUUCUCAUGAAAACGCAAAGAAAUACUUGCAUGGUUUCGGUGGUGUUUUGGCUUUUGGUGUCAAGGGCAAUGCCAAGACAUUCAUUGAAUCCGUCAAACUUGCCUCUCAUUUAGCCAAUGUUGGUGAUGCAAAAACUUUGGUCAUUGUGCCUGCAUUGACCACCCAUCAACAAUUGAGCGACCAAGAGCAAGCAGCAGCAGGUGUUACCAAAGACAUGAUCCGUGUCUCUGUUGGUAUCGAGCACAUUGAUGAUAUUAAAUGGGACUUUGAUCAAGCUCUCAAGCAAGCAUUAUCGUAA